CGUGUAUGUAAACGAAGCCAAUGCCUCUCCCCGACUGGCCAUCGUUGCUCCCGAGGAUCUCAAGCAGAAAGGAGAGAGAGAAAAGAAGGAAACGGUGAGAAAUGGGUCUCAAGGAAGAAUUUGAAGAAUAUGCUGAGAAAGCUAAAACUCUCCCUGAAAAUAUUACCAAUGAGAACAAAUUAAUCCUGUAUGGGCUUUACAAGCAAGCAACUGUUGGACCAGUGAAUACCAGCCGACCUGGCAUUUUUAAUAUGAAGGAUAGGGCCAAGUGGGAUGCUUGGAAGGCUGUCGAAGGGAAAUCAAAGGAGGAAGCCAUGAGUGACUACAUCACCAAGGUGAAGCAAUUGCAGGAAGAGGCUGCUGCCUCUUCCUGAACCAGUCUCUGAUGCUGCCUGAGGAAAUGGCCUCUACCUGCUCUCCUCUGUGGUAUCAGCUAGACCAGUGGGGUAUCUAGUUUGAAGUUUGAAUCAUGCAAUGGAUGUUAUGUAUUAGCCUAUGUGAAUUCAUUUUCUAUCACGAACAAUGAAUAAUGCUUCCUAAUCUUGCUAUCUAUGUUCUACACUAGCACUGCAUUGCUUUUCUGCUUGAUAUGUCUCCGCUUAUUUGUGAGCUUAGUGAAAAAUUUCUUCCACUUAGUUUCAGAAA